CCUGCUCAUCACAAAGGGGGCGGAGCCUGCCUUUUAAGGCUGUGCCUGACUUUUGUAUUCGCUUUGUUUGCUGUAGCGGUCCCUUCGUUGACUGGCUGCCGGCUGAGCCUGAUUCCGCCGACGAGGGAGGACAAAGUCAAGACGAUGCUGGGACUGUCGUUAUUGCUGGGCUGCAGCACCGGUUGGCUCCUGUACUAUUGGGCGCGCGUCCCCAAGCGCCCACUACUGGUGGCUUGUCAGCCUUUCCAGUCCUUCUUGGAGAAGUAUUGCCCCAUUGUGAAAGAGACAUUCUACCCUACACCAUGGUGCUUUGAAGGUCGACUUCAGACCAUUGUUCGUGUCUUUAUCAAAUCCUGCCCAUUGGUUUCCUACCACAGUGAAUUGCUGCAAACUGCAGAUGGCGGGCAGUUGCUCCUGGAUUGGGCUGAUCCUGACAAUGGGACCCAUCCUGACCCAGAAAAUUGUCCCAUUGUCCUGUUUUUGCCAGGCUUGACAGGCAGCAGCCGAGAGACUUAUAUUCUGCAUUUGGUAAACAGCACUCAGAGCCAUGGCUACAGGGCUGUUGUGUUUAAUAAUCGAGGGUGCAGAGGAGAAGAGCUGCUGACGCAUCGGGCUUUCUGUGCCACCAAUACUGAGGACUUGGAGCUGGUGGUGGGCCAUAUCAAACGCCGGUUCCCUCAUGCACCAUUGAUGGCAGUUGGCAUUUCUCUUGGCGGGAUCCUGGUGCUUAACUAUCUGGGGCAAAAGGGCCAGGAGGCUGGACUGGUGGCUGCCAUGACUUGCUCAGUGAGCUGGGACGCAUUUGAAACAAUCCAUUCCCUUGAGCAGCCUCUCAACCAAUUCCUCUUCAACCAGUACCUCACAGCCAACCUGUGCAACCUGAUCAAACGGCAUAGAAAGGUCAUUGAAGAGAGAUUGGAUGUGAACCAUGUGCUGAAGGCUCGCAGCAUCCGGGAGUUUGAUGAACGCUAUACGUCUGUGGUCUUUGGUUACAAGUCAUGCCAGGAAUAUUACCAGGAAGCCAGCCCUUCCCAGAAGGUGUGUCUCAUAGAAGUGCCAGUAUUGUGUCUGAAUGCUUCAGAUGACCCUUUCUCUCCUCAACAUGCUAUUCCCACAGAGACCGCACAGCAUGUGUCCACCCUCGCCCUCUUAGUGACUGAACGAGGUGGCCAUAUUGGCUUCCUAGAAGGGCUCCUACCUCGCCAUCAGAGUUACAUGGACCGUGUCUUUAGUCAAUUUAUGGAUGCUGCUUUCAAACAUCAGGAGGAGCUGGCAGCUAUAACAGUAACCAUGGGAAGCCAACAGCUUGGACAGAACUUAUAUACAAAGAUGACCAGCACAUGAUCAAGAGCCAAGACGUCCACCAUACAGGAGGGUGAAUAUGAUCUCACUUAGAGAGAUGGAACCCCUCACAGGCAAAACUAAUGGCACCAUCAUGCACAACAUCCUUUCUGUCUUCCUAGGGCAGGGGUAGGCAACCUUGGCUCUUUUAUGACUGGUGGACUUCAAUUCCCAGGAAUUCUGGGAGUUGAAGUCCACCAGUCAUAAAAGAGCCAAGGUUGCCUACCCGUGUCCUAGGGUACCCAUUUCCUUUCCCAAAGGACUCCUAGCCAGAAUCUGCUGCUAUGAAUGGCAACCACAGAUGAAGAUGCUGUAAUGAUGAUCAGCAGAAUACAGGAUUGUUUUUCUAGCA